AUGUCGCCUCCAAAUCAAGAACUUCGGACACAGGUGAUCAAAAUAUACAAAGAGCUUCUGUACUUGAUCCGAGACUAUCCUCUCGGCUACCACUAUGCUCGUCCGAGACUGCAUAACGCAUUCAUGAGCCAGGCUGGCCUUAGAGAUGACGAGCAGAUCAAGAAGGCCAUUGAAAGAGCUGAAUUUGUAAAAAAAGAAAUUGAAGCAUUGUGUGUUCAGAAAUUAUGCUCGCCUUCAGCAACCUCAGGCUUACUCUUCUAG